AUGCCUGCUGAUAUCAGGAGCUUCUUUGGCGGCAAGCCUAGUAGUCAAGGCUCCAGUGCCUCUCCUGCGAAACCGCCCGCGAAGAAAGAGGAACCUGCUGGCAGGAAAAGACGCGGUAGGAAAGUUGUGGACGAUAGUGAUGAGGAGGAGGAUGUCAAGGUGACCAAGGCGCCAACUCCCAAUGCCAAGGUGCCAACAAAACUGUAUGUAUUGCAUUUUGAUUUCUUCAAAGCAGCUCCGUCGUACCUGCUGACCACCUUGCGCAGGAAAACAGAAGCACCGCAAGGCGAGAUCACGACCACGUCGGACUACUUCGCCUCGAGUAAAAAGAAAGGAAGGACAUCCAAAACCAGUACUACGACACCUGCGAAGGAUACCCUGCCCUCCCAUGAUGCCGCCUCAGAUAACAUCAAAGCUGAAAAAUCUCCGGAAGAGAACAAGCAGACUGAGAAGGAGACCCCAAAGCGACAGACACGCGAAUCCAAGAGAAAAGCUACAACCAUUCUAGACGAUGAUGAGCAUGGCGACGAUGACAUCUUUGCAACGGAGUUCGGAAAGCCAGGUAAAGGCGACGAUGACUACGUGGAGGAUGGGCACAGUGAAAAUGGCAGCGACCUCGAAGAACUUGCAGUGAAACCGGCUACGGUAGCUUCGAACAAACCUGGACGUAAAAAAUCCGCCUCGAAGCUAGAGUCGGAUGAUGAUGUAGUUAUGGAGGACGUUCCAAAACCGUCCACCAAAGCAACGAAAUCGGCAGCUUCACAAUCUGCAAGGAAGCGGAAGUCUGAAGCUCUAGGGAAGGAAGACGUCGAUGAAUUUCAAGGUAGUCCUAAGAAAGGCACCUCACGUUCAAAGGCAGCUUCGACGGCUCGCGCCCCUAAGAAAGCAAAAGGGUCUCCGUCUAAGCAAGAUCAACCCGAAAGCAAGGAAAUCCAAAACAUAUUUGACAGUAUCCCAACUGUCCGACCUCCCUCACCUCCUCCGGAUUCCGAUGACAAGAAGAAAUUCAACCCUUUCGCUGCACGAGCGCGGUCUCCUGUAGCAUCUGGGACCGCUGAACUACCGGUUGGGGCCGAAAACUGUCUUGCAGGACUAGCUUUCGUCUUCACUGGAGUCCUUGACACAUUAGGCCGUGAUGAGGGGCAGAACCUGGUGAAAAAGUAUGGCGGUAAAGUUACUGGGGCUCCUAGUUCAAAGACGAGCUAUGUUGUCCUUGGGAGUGACGCUGGACCCAAGAAGCUCAAGACUAUCAGGGAACAUAACCUGAAGACAAUCAAUGAAGAAGGCCUCUUCGAGCUCAUUCGACGGCUUCCAGCCAACGGCGGGGAUGGAAAAGCAGCUGAGAAGCAUGAAGCAAAGAAGAAGGCGGAAGAUCAAAAGAUUCGAGCCAUGGCUGCCGAAAUUGAAGAAGAAGAGAAACGCAAGGCGAAGGCUGCUAGCAUGGCGAAGGCGAUGGUAUCCGCUGGAUCUCAGACGCCACCAAGCUCGCAAGGUCCCAGAGCUGAGGAUGAGCUCUGGACCACAAAAUACGCACCAACGUCUAUGAAUAUGAUCUGUGGUAACAAAGGUGCUGUCGAAAAACUUCAAAGUUGGCUUCGAGACUGGCACAAGAAUGCUAGAAAGAACUUCGAUAGGCCUGGGAAAGAUGGCAUGGGAAUCUACCGCUCCGUCAUGAUCCACGGACCCCCAGGAAUUGGCAAAACGACCGCGGCGCAUCUAGUGGCAAAGCUUGAGGGAUUUGAUGUCCUGGAAACUAAUGCUAGUGACACAAGGAGCAAGAAACUCGUCGAAACAGGUCUUCUUGGAGUCUUAGAUACAACAUCCUUGCAAGGUUAUUUCGCAGCGGAUGGGAAGAAGCUACAAAGGGAGAAGAAGAACAUGGUAUUGAUCAUGGAUGAAGUUGAUGGGAUGUCAGCUGGUGAUCGAGGUGGUGUUGGGGCUUUAGCCGCUAUCGCAAAGAAAACGCAGAUCCCACUCAUUCUCAUAUGUAAUGAGCGAAGGCUUCCGAAAAUGAAACCCUUCGACCAUGUUACGUAUGAGCUGCCCUUUAGACGCCCAACUGCCGAACAGAUUAGAGCUAGACUUUCAACGAUCUGUUUCCGAGAGGGCCUGAAGAUUCCGCCCCCUGUUCUCGAUAGCCUAAUCGAGGGAACGCAUGCCGACAUUCGUCAAGUUAUCAAUAUGCUGUCGACUGUCAAGUUAGAUCAGAAGAAUUUGAAUUAUGAGAAGGGCCGGGAGAUGUCAAAGGCCUGGGAAAAGCAUGUGGUCUUAAAGCCGUGGGAUAUUGUUAGCAAGAUCCUCAACGCCCAGACGUUCUCGCCGAGUUCGAAAUUAACGCUGAAUGACAAGAUCGAACUUUAUUUUAACGAUCACGAAUUCAGCUACCUGAUGCUCCAAGAAAACUAUCUGAGAACAAGACCGACCUUGGCUGGCAAUUAUCAAGGCAAAGAGCAAAAGCUGAAAUCGCUCGAGUUGAUGGAUAACGCAGCGUCAAGCAUUAGCGACGGUGACCUUGUUGACAAAAUGAUUCAUGGAACACAGCAGCAAUGGAGCUUGAUGCCGACCCAUGCUGUUUUCAGCUUUGUCCGACCAGCCAGUUACACCUACGGUAAUAUGAUGGAGCGACCUGGUUUCACGAGCUGGCUAGGGCAGAACAGCAAACAAGGCAAGCUUUGGCGUUACAUCAAGGAAAUUCAAGGCCACAUGCGCCUUCGUGCUUCUGGAGACCGUGACGAGAUUAGACAGCAGUAUCUACCCCUCGUUUGGGACAAGCUUAUUCGCCGAUUGAUGAAAGAAGGAAAAGAAAGUGUCGAAGAAGUCAUUGAUUUCAUGGACAGUUAUUUCCUCACCCGGGACGAUUGGGAUGCAAUGGUCGAGCUCGGUCUUGGUCCUAUGGACCAGUCGACGGUGAAGCUGGACACACAGACCAAAGCAACGUUUACGCGUAUUUACAACCAGCGCUCGCAUCCACUUCCCUUCAUCAAGGCCAGUAGUGUCGCUGUCCCUAAAAAGAUGCCGAAGGAGAAACCCGAUAUUGAAGAUGCCAUCGACGAGUCAGAUGAGGACAUACUCGAGGAUGAGACAAAAGAGGACGAGGAAAGUGACGAACUUGACCUUAAGAAGGACAAGUAUGUCCGCGUACCAAAGAAAUCCGCGCAGAAGAAACCCGCCCCAAAGGGCGGCGCGGGCAAAGGGAAGAAGGCCAAGAAGGCCGCCGAUGAUGACUUUAUUGAAGAUGACGAGAAGCCGAAGAAAGGCAAAGAUUUUACGAUAUGGCAGCUGCGCACGUCUUACCUAUCCACAAUCAAAGACGGAAUUGGCGACAGACUCAUCAACGUGAACAACUCCGUUCUCAAUACCCCUGGAUUUCGUGCGGCGGGCUGGUCGUCGGUUUCCACAAACCCCAGCGCACAAAGUAAAGCUGCCCAUAUUCGGCGGACAUAUUCUCCUCCCAUCCCCACCACGGCCGCGGUUACCUCUGAGUAUUAUCAACUGGGUGUUCAUAGAGAUGCGAACGAAGCACAACGACUUGGUUUGGGGGAGGAUGGCGAGGAAGAUGAAGGGGGUAUGGUGACGGGCAAAAGCUCUACAGAGGUGAUUGGACGCCGGCCUCAAGGACGCGGUGGGAAAAGAGCUCAUCGAAAAGAGCGCCAACAACAAGAUUCUUAUAAGCAAAGAGAUGCCGAGGAAGAUGACAGCAGUGAUUUGAGUGACGAGAGUGACGACGAUGCGGACAGUCAAAGAGCCUCUCAACAGAUUAAAUUCCCGAAACUGCCAAUACGGACACGAGCCGGUUCCUCUCCAAUACGUUCAACAGAUCGUCAAGAAGGCCCACAAGUCAUGGUUACAUCUCCUUCCCACCCGUCCAUGGGCAUUCAUUACCGCACAGGAUCGUUGGGAACUGCUGUCAGUGUGAACGAGCGGCCACGAAGGGAUACAACUACUACGGCCAGUAGCGACAUGUCAUCGGAUAACGAAAUGGGUUCCUUAGCCUCCCGGAAACAGAUUCAGUUUUCUGACCAGGAUCAGGUUAUAGAGUUGGCCAGCUACAGGCGGAGGGGAGCUGGCAACCGGGACCUUGAAGGGCUGGUCGAGCAUCCGGAGGAUUCAGGUGCUGAGUCAGUGGACUCAGCACUUUCAUCUGAUUUUGAUGCCACGGCGGGUUCGGCAUCGCUCUUGGUAGGCGUUGGUAUUACUGGCAGCUUGGAUUCUUCAUCACCUAUGAUGAUGCACAAGUUACCGAACGGAACAGGUCCUCAAACCACGUCCCCCCGCAAGACCAAGACACCGGCCCCCGAGUUACAAGAUUUGCCUCCACCACGGCCUAUCAGCACAGUGCAACCUGUAAGCUUGCUGUCGAAGGCACUCAACGCGCGCAAACGAGCACCAGCAAAUCCCGUUGAGAUGUUUGCGGUGCUCUCGGGAAAAGGGCUUACAGAUGCAUUGAAUAUCAAAUUAUACCUUCCGUUUUCCUCACAUCCUGAGGAGCCAAUUGACCUCCCCAUUGCGCGAGAGUCUAAACUCGCGGAACUACCCGCCCCGGUGACUGUCGUUGAGGCUAUUGGAUUGGCACUCUGGCGGUACUCGGAAAAAGGUCGCGAACCGUCCAUUGAGCGCAACAAGUUGAAUGUUAACCGGUGGACGCUCCGGAUGGUGGAAGACGGUGAGGUAGAAUACGACUUUCCCCCGUUGGGACGGACGUCACAGAUCACAGAUUUUACGUCAAAUAACAAUCGAGCAGCUGGGGCAAGAGGUCGGGGACGAGGGAAACAGUACGAUGAAUUUGCCCUGGUGGAGGCUUCCGACAGCGAAUUCGAAGAGAACGAGCGUCAGUUCCCUAUGUAUAGCCAGGCAGUUGUUUCUGAAGACACCAAUGAUGCGGCAUCGGCUCUCAACGUCCCUUCGGCUCAACCGGCUCCCCCAAUCAGAGCACCCCGGACAAACCCGAUCUUAGGACCGUUCUCGUCGGCACUGAAUGACAAUACACUCACCCCGGCGGAUCGGCCUGCGGUGCCCACGUCGCAUGCCACCCCGCGCAUGGGGAUAUCGAAGACCCUGAAGAUUCGGUUUAUUAACAUCGAGGGCUCUACGCAAGUCACGACUCUGAACACGUCUACUGACAGCUACAUUGCAGAAAUCUUGGAUUCUGUCUGCAAACGAUGGGGUUUGGAUAAGGGGAACUAUCUCCUUAAGGUGAUGGGGUCUAAUACGAUAGCACCUUUGGACCGCACCGUGGAAGCGCUGGGGCACAUUACCGAGCUGGAUCUCGUGCGCCGGCGCUUCGGGCCCCAGUCGUUGACGGGUUCCCCCGGCAGCUCCUCGCCCAACGCACCGCUCCAGAUCGACAACAACAGCGUGUCGAGCAAAAAAGGAAAGAAGAGCGGGCAGCGCAUGCUACACCCGCUCUCCCAGAAGCAGGAUCUCAUUGGGGGGUACUACCGUCGGUACCACGUGUUCCGCAAGCAAUCCAUGUCUUUCACCGCGUCGAAUCAUCGGGUCCUUACGUUUGACAAUGACUAUAUGCACAUCAUGCCAGGGGACACGGCGAAGACGGGGUCGGACACCAAGACGCGGUCGAUUAGUUUUAACGACGUGGUGGGAUGCAAGGUGAGCCGUCGGCAUCCCAAGAACUUCCGGGUGGUUGUGCUUCGUGGCAACGAUGCGAACGAGCAAAAGCGAUAUGACUUCGAGGCGCGGAACGCCCUCGAGGCGGUGGAGAUUGUGGAUGAGAUUAAGAAGAACAUGGCGCAUUACCGGAUUUAG